AUGGAUCUUUAUGAAAUCAAAUUGACCAAGAAACAUUUCGAUAAAUUAUCAUCGUCACAUUACUGGACUUACGAGCCACUCGAAAAUAUUUUACCAUCCAAAAAAAUCGCCAAUACUAGUAAUAACAUCACUAAAUCUAACAUUCGUAACAAUUCCAAUUCUAAUAUCAAAAUCUCCAAAAGCAAUAAUAAAUCAACUACUACAACUCCAAAAAUUGAAAAAGAAACAAUUAUUCCGUUUUCCAACUAUCUUGGUUUAACGGGCCAACCACCUACUGAAAAAUUCGAUGUCGCCGAUCAUUACUGGACUAAUUUACCACUUGAGGCAAUCUUACCAUCAAAAUCAAAAUACAAAAAUACCAAAAAUAAGAAAAAUUCCUCUUUUACACCUUCAUCUAUAAACCUUAAUUUAUUCACCAAAUACGAGCGUCUAAUGAACAAAAAUAAAAGAUAA